AUGCCUUCCCGGUCCAUCAACAUUAUCAACGUGCCCUCCGACGUCGGGUCGGUCUAUUCGGGCAAGUCCCGAGCCCCAGGAGCAUUCAAAACCGCCGGCCUCCAGGACAAACUGGCUGCUGCGGGCUGGCAAACGACAGUGUCGACCGCCUUACCACAGGGACCAGCGGGAUGGACUUCUAGCACACGUCAGCCUAAUGGAGCGCGUAAUGAAGCAGAAACCGUGAAGGCCUGUAACAAGGUCCGAGAAGCUGUUGGCAAUGCUCUUGCGGCCGACGAAGGUGGAAACGGGCGCCCGCCACCAUUUCAGCUGAUCCUUUCUGGCGAAUGUCUGUACUGCCCGGCCAUACUGUCGGCCUACUGGGAACGUUUCAAAGGAACGACGAACCGCAUUGGGAUCGUCUAUAUGGACGCUGAUUGCGACCUGCAUACGCCAAGCGAACCCAGCUCGUCCGGAAACAUCGCCGGAAUGACACUCACACAUCUGACCCUACGUGAAGGUGCUCUAGAAAGUAUGAGAGUGUUUUGUCGACCCGAUGGCGCUGGAGUCGUGGACAACCGCAACAUCCUUCUCUUUGGCUUGAAUAUCAAUUCACCCGCCAACAAGCGAGAGCACCUGGGUUACCUGUUCGACCAUGGCUUCCGCGUGACUACCUCUCAGUUUGUGCACAGAAAUCCAGUAAAGGAAGCAAAGGCCGCAUUGGAAUGGAUGGAAGACAAGGUCGACUACAUCCUCGUCCACUUAGAUGUGGACGUGAUUGACCCGGGACUCUGUCCAUUGGGCAAUGUACCAAACUGGACAGGCUUGAGUUUCGAGGCCACCAUGGCGGCAUUCAAGACAUUCCUGAGCAGUGACAAAAUUGUCGGGCUCAGUAUUGCUGAGGUAAAUCCGGAUCACGAUCCUGGGCUGCGGAUGACAACUGAGCUCGUCGACAAUAUCGUUGAUGGUCUCCUAGGAUGA